GGACGGGACCGGACCGGACCGGCCCGGACCGGCCCGCGGGACCAGGUCCCGUAUUGACAUCUGACUGGGUUUGGUGGGAGCCCUUUCAUCUUGGAAUGCACCUCUGAUCAUGAGGUUGUGACCGGGCCGGCUUGAGUGUUCCCUGUGGCCAUGACGACGGGCGACUGUUGCCACCUCCCUGGCUCACUGUGUGAAUGCACCCGGAAUGCCGCCUUCUCCAAGACCGUGGAGGACUCGGAUCUCGGGCGGCCGCAGUACGUGACCCAAGUUACCACGAAGGAUGGGCGGCUGCUGUCCACCGUGAUCAAAGCCCUGGGUCCGCAGAGCGAUGGCCCAAUCUGCCGAAUCUGCCACGAAGGCGGGAAUGGGGAGGUGCUGCUCUCUCCGUGUGACUGCACGGGCACGCUUGGCACCGUGCACAAGAGCUGCCUGGAGAAGUGGCUUUCUUCCUCCAACACCAGCUACUGCGAGCUGUGCCACACAGAGUUUGUGGUGGAGAGGCGGCCCCGGCCCCUGAGAGAGUGGCUGAAGGAUCCCGGGCCCCGGAAUGAGAAGAGGACCCUUUUCUGUGACAUGGUGUGUUUCCUGUUCAUCACGCCACUGGCUGCCAUCUCGGGCUGGCUGUGUCUCCGCGGGGCCCAGGACCACUUGCAGUUUAACAGCAGACUGGAGGCGGUGGGACUGAUAGCCCUCACUAUAGCACUUUUUACAAUCUACAUCCUUUGGACCCUGGUUUCAUUCCGCUACCAUUGCCAGCUGUAUUCCGAGUGGAGAAGGACCAAUCAGAAAGUCCGCUUGAUGAUCCCGGACUCCAGAAGCUCAGAAACAACCCAGCAUUCCUCCCUGUCAGCCACGCUCCUGAAGAAGAACGCGGAGGAAACCACAGUGUGAGAGGCCCCGAGUCGUUCCCCACCCCCGCGAGUGUCCAUGCCGCCGCUGCUGCUGCUGCGAGCCAAAGCCAAGCUGCUUCCCGACAAUCAGCCAGCCACCCACAGCGGCCUCCUGGCAUCUGGCUGCUUCGGAACAAAGUCAGGGAGGCCGGAAACGCAGCAAGUAUUGACGGGGUUCACAGUUGAGGGGGCUCGGGGCUCCAGAGGAAGAAAACCAGUCACUUUCUGUAUACCUGGGACACUUUCUUAAAUCGAGAUACACUAAGUGGAGUAUAGUCUCUUUUUUAAUUUCCUCGCACACCGUUUCCGUACGUUGGGUCGACAAGACUUGGUUCUAGGCUUCAGUACCGAAGCUGGCAGACUGAUCUCGUUCUGAGGUUAAUUCAAUGCCUUUUUCAGAAUUCUCUCAGAAGGAAAAUUCAUGGUUGGUGUUGCUAAAUGUUCCCUCCUCCCUUGCACUAAAUGGAUUUUGAUAAAAAUCCUAGUAGGCUUUCUCCAUUCCAGUUGACUUCCUUUCAUGGUGUCAUAUACUUUAUAAAAGUUACGUUGUGUUUUAAAAACAAACCCUGAAGGAAUAAAAUGAGUGCUUAUUGAA